UAUUUUUCUAGUUCAAAAUCUUCAAAAGAAGAUUUAGAAGUGAAAAAGGGAAAUGGGUUCUGCUUAUCUCAGCAUGCCAACCUUCAUGAGGGCAAUGUUCCUUUUGUUAUGUGCCAUGUCUACAUUGCCAGAGCUAACACAUGCAAAACAUGCUCGAGUAACUAGGCACUACAAAUUUAACAUCAAAAUGCAAAAUGUGACAAGGCUUUGCCAAACAAAGAGCAUUGUAACUGUCAAUGGACAAUUUCCGGGUCCUAGAAUAAUAGCAAGAGAGGGAGAUAGAGUUGUGGUUAAAGUGGUUAACCAUGUUCAGUACAAUGUUUCACUUCAUUGGCACGGAGUUCGCCAACUGAAAAGUGCUUGGGCAGAUGGACCUGCCUAUAUCACACAAUGUCCAAUUCAGACAGGCCAAACUUUUGUGUACAACUUCACAGUCAUUGGUCAAAGAGGAACAUUAUGGUGGCAUGCACAUAUCUCAUGGCUUAGAACAACUCUUUAUGGUCCAAUUGUCAUUCUUCCCAAAAGACAUGUCCCUUACCCAUUCACUCGACCUUUCAAAGAAGUCCCCAUCAUAUUGGGUGAAUGGUGGAAAGCAGACACAGAAACUAUUAUAAAUCAAGCAAUGCAAACGGGAUUGGCACCUAAUGUCUCAGAUGCUCACACCAUCAAUGGUCUUCCAGGUCCUGUCUCCAAUUGCUCAGUCAAAGAUACUUUCAAGCUCAAGGUGAAGCCUGGAAAAACAUAUCUGCUUCGUCUUAUCAAUGCUGCACUCAAUGAUGAGAUGUUUUUCAGCAUUGCAAAUCACACUCUCACUGUCGUUGAAGCUGAUGCUGUGUAUGUAAAGCCUUUUAGCACAAACAUUGUUCUGAUCACACCUGGACAAACCACCAAUGUCCUUCUCAAGGCCAAAUCCAAGACUCCAAAUGCCAACUUUGUCAUAUCUACCAGGCCCUAUGCAACAGGGCCUGCCGCUUUUGACAACGCCACAGCCACUGGGUUACUUGAGUACAAGAAAUCUUCACUUUCAAGCAACAACUCAAAGAACAAGAAGCUUCCUCUUCUUAGACCAUUGCUUCCAAAAUUCAACGACACUGUCUUUGCAAUGAACUUCAACAAAAAGGUUCGUAGCUUAAACAGUGCAAGAUUCCCGGCAAAAGUUCCAAAAACUGUUGACAAACGGUUCUUCUUCACCGUUGGGUUAGGAAUUAGCCAAUGCUCAAAAAACCAACCAUGCCAAGGGCCCAAUAACACAAGGGUAUCUGCAGCCAUUAACAACGUGUCCUUUGUGAUGCCAAACAUUGCAUUACUCCAAGCCCAUUUUUUCAACCAAUCCAAAGGAGUGUACACUACUGAUUUUCCUGCCAACCCACCUUUCAAAUUCAACUACACUGGCACCCCCCCAAGGAACAUCAUGGUAACUAGUGGGACUAAGGUUGUGGUGUUGCCAUUCAACACCAGUGUGGAGUUGGUACUGCAGGACACUAGCAUUAUUGGAGCUGAGAGUCACCCACUUCACCUUCAUGGCUUUAACUUCUUUAUUGUGGGUCAAGGCAAUGGAAACUUUGACCCCAAAAAGGACCCCUCCAGGUUCAAUCUUGUUGACCCUGCUGAGAGGAACACUGCUGGUGUGCCAUCUGGUGGAUGGGUUGCAUUGCGCUUUCUUGCAGACAAUCCAGGUGUUUGGUUCAUGCAUUGCCACCUUGAAGUGCAUACUAGUUGGGGCUUGAAAAUGGCAUGGAUAGUCCAAGAUGGCAAACGGCGGAAUCAGAAACUGCCACCUCCACCCUCUGAUCUUCCCAAAUGUUGAAAAGAUCGAUCGACACCCUUAUGUUACUUUUCUUUGCCUAUUUUUGGUGUUAGAUUUGGAGGUAUUUGCUCCAACUUUUUGUUGUUCACAUUCUUUCCUUUUUUAUUAGUGUUAUGUUUUUAUAGGUAAUUUGUACCCAAAAAGAGGGAAUGGCUUUCGCAAUUAGAGUGAUAUGGUUGUUUGUUUGAGAUUUUUUGUGAUCACUCUAGUUUAGAAAAACUAU